UACUUCUCUUGAAACCAUUGAGGCCGGCCCGCUAAGCCGUUUUCACCUGUAACUCGAAAUGCUGGAUGGGCCUACAAGGAGAAACUUUUCGGUAAUCACUGUUCAACCACCGAAAUUCAUCACAAGUUUACCAGAAAGUUGUAUUUCUGAAGUUCAAUGCACACGAUAGCUGCGUUGCGGACAUGGAUGGUUGAGGAGUGAAAAAAUGAGGAGCCAAACUAUGAUGUUUUAUCGCAAUAAGUAUCAGAAGGUCCUGGGCAUCGGCUCAUUUCUUAUGUUCGUGAUGUGUGUCUACCAUGCGAGUUUUGACAAUAACGAGCAAAUUGUUUUCGUUGAAAGUGUGCCCGAAAGAAGACCUCAACCAUCUAGAAACCAAUCAAAGUCGUUGUUGAUCUCAUCAAAAGAGGUCAAUGAAAGUAAACAGCCAUUUCCCAGUCCUUCAACAGCCAGGAUUCCUAGCAAUAGCAACAUUCCAGAAGAUCCACUCGCACCGCUGAUUCGCCAAUCAACUUCCCUUCUUGACAACCUUGUUCAAACCAACGCUGGCGAUAGUUUGAAACAAAAUUACUUUGAGCUCAAAUCCAUGUUGGCCCUCUGGAAUCCUGAGGCCUCUCAAUGGGCCACCAAGUGGAGCAAGCGCUACCGACAAAUGUUGGACCAACUCCUGGGACCGUGGACUUUGCCACGUGCCAACGAUGAGACUUUGACACGGAUCACGUCAGUGGUCGAGCAAUGCAAGUGUUCCAGGACAAUUUGGGCCAGGAGUAACCAGGAAGACCAACAUAGAGAGGGAUCAACGUGCAGCCAGCAUGCCUUUGACCGAGGUCCAUUUCAAAAAGUCGUGGGAUUUACUUUCUACGGCAACCCAAAGUCCAAGCUCGGGAAAAGUCGGAAAUACUUUCGUGGGAUUGAAGAGAACCUCCACGAUCUACCUCAUUUCUAUCCCAAUUGGACAUUGAGGCUCUAUUAUGACUUAGAGGCUAACCACACACUAAUGGCUGAUCUUUGUGCUUUGGCCUGUUCCAAUGAACACAUUGAUCUUUGCUAUGUUCGGAACUUACCUUCUGACGGUGACAUUGCUAAGGUGUUUGCCAUGAACUGGAGAUUUUAUCCCAUCAAGGACCCUCAAGUGCAAUCUUACGUAUCUCGCGAUUUGGACUCGCGCUUCAGCGAGCGGGAAAAGGCGGCCAUUGUUGAGUGGGAACAAUCUAGUCAUGCCUUCCAUUUUAUGCGAGAUCAUCCAUCUCAUUCGAUCGAGGUUCUCGGCAGUGGUUGGGGGGUUCGCUUGGGACCCAUGGAACGAGUCAUGAUGACCGAAGCCUUUCGGCAAGCUCAAAGGGACCCAAUUUUUUGGGCCAGUAGAAAAGCCUACGGUCCCGAUCAAGGUUUUCUCAAAAGGUAUUUGUGGCCUUGGGGCAAAUGGAAUGCGAUUACGCACGACAGUUACACUUGCCUGCAAUUUCCGCGGACCUCGCCAUUUCCAACGCAACGCCAAAUGAGGCCCAAUAACUAUAUUGCAUCGGUCCAUGAAAGCCAUGACAUUUUGCGCAUAGAAUGCCCGUCGAAAUGCCGGCCGCAGGCUCAUCCGGAUUGGAAAUAUUGUUGAAGGGACGCGUACGGACAAGGGUCCAAAUUUGUGUCGAAAGAAAUACAUUCAGAUUCAUUCUCGUCAUCAAA